AUGGUUCAGUUCUAUGGUUUUAUGGAUGAAGGGCUAGAGACAUUGACGCACGCGUUUGCGGAGCGGGUGACCUUCGAUGGCAAGAAAGCUACAGGUGUAGAAAUCUCCUUGACUUCUGACGCCGCUCCGAAGGUUGUUCAACGUCGACUCCGACUUCGGGCCAAACACGAGGUGAUCGUAGCGGCGGGCGUCCUCGCGAGCCCCAAGCUGCUAACGUUGUCGGGCGUGGCAGAGCCGAAGGAGCUAGAUCGACUUGGUAUACCUGUCGUUGCCAGCUCGCCGGCAGUCAGUCUGAACUUCCAUGAGCACGUCGGCUUGUCAAUCGUCGCGCAUACCAACGUGCCCUGUCCAGAAGGAUACCACAUCAGCGAAGAUGGUAAGACGACGACGCAUUUGGGCAACACCGACCAGUUCAUCGGUCAACUCUAUGCGUUCCUGAAUGCGACGGACAACCGGCCGGGUCAGCCGGGCCCAGUGGAUGCAGAGGUCAUGUUGCUCGAAGGCUGCCUUGAAGGACGCCUUUCCCUGACUUUCACGAUCAUCCUGCUCCAAGCGCGGACUCGUGGCAGGUUGGUCGUCCAGUCUCGGCAUCCGAUGGCAUCGCCCCAUCUUGACUACAAGCCUCUGAGCAACAGCGACGACAUUCAGCUCAUCGCGAACACCAUCCGCCUGCUUUACCAGGGUGUCUUUGCCUCAGAGCAACUGGCGCCCUUUGAGCUGGGCAUCAGCCCGAGCGUGGAGGUGGUUGCAGACUUCCAAAAGUUGGCGCAGUGGAUACGGGCCAACAUCUACUACUACUCCCAUCCGACCGGGACA